AGUCCAGCUCCCAGGGCAGGGAGGCAGGUGAAACGUUGCCCGACAGGUCUGAUGGGAAGGCAGAGACAGUCGGCAACACAGACGCAGGGAGGUGACUGAGUGAAUGACACGAGGGUGGUUGUCAGAGCAGUCCGGCUGCAGUCACCACACUUACACUGCUGUGUCUGAGUUGCUGAAUGUGGGACUGGAUUACACCUGGUCAUUUCACUGACACAGAGGGAGGAAACCUCUGAGCCUGAGGGCCCUGCAGAACCCCACCACCACCACCACCACCACCACCUCCAACAGGCCUGACAGAGUGGAAUUUCCCUCCUUUCCCCUCGUCUGGGGCUGGGGGCAGAUGGUCGCUCUGAGAGCCUGAGCAGACGUCAGGAAGGAGAGUGAGAGGAAGAGUGGGAGGAGGGCUGGAGAGCCAGAGGAAGAGAAGCGAGGAGUGGACAGUAGAGGAGACAUGAGUCGUUACGGUUCAAGACGAAUCGUUUCCACCAGCACCACCACAACAGAGGACUCUGCAGACUGUUCAAGUGAGAGGAGUUUCAGACGCCUCAGAUUAACUCUACAUGCAGGAGAUAAUGGAAGCAAGGAGGCACAAACUGUGGACACAGCUGGAGUGGAAAAAGGUGUCAAACAAACAUGGAAGAAGAAGAACGGGCUGAGCUUCAGGGAGCGGCCCGCUGGGAGGGAGUCGCCCCCGCAGCAACUCCGAGACACAACCAAUGGGAUGCCAGCGACCUCACUGCAUCAUGGGCCUAAAGUGUACGGUGUAGUACAGAGGACGAGCUCGGGAAGACAACAGGAGGUGAUGGCGCGUGGGUGGACAAUGAAUCACCUUCAGGAUGAGAUGAAGUAUAUCAGGGAGGUCAGAGACUCUCUGGAGAAGGUUAGAGAGCGCAUGUAUGGACAGUUUGGCGGAAUGCAGCAAUCAAUGGAGAAGCUUUCACAAGAAAUCAGGACUGCCAACUCACAGCGGAGGAGCCUGGAGUCAGAGGUGAAGGUCCGAACGGCAGCAAUGGAGAGCUUUGACCAGAUGAACAACUCCCUUGUAUCGUCGAACAUCGGCCUGCAGAAAUCCCUUUUGGAGAACUGUCAGAACCGAAUGAGCACGAGAGAAGAGGUGAAGAGUUUGCGGAGCACCUGUGAGAAAACACAAGGACAGCUCAGGGACAAGGAGCGGGAGCUGGCUGCAGCACAGACCGAGAACCAAACGCUUAGACUUCAGAUGGAGUGUUCACGUGAGGCAAGCACUCGGGCGCUGCAGGAGCUCUCGGCGACGCUGCAGAGGGAGUACGAGGAAAAGCUGCAGGAGGAACGGCGGAAACACAGGGAGGAGAUUGAAAACCUACAGGCCCAACUUGAUGAGUACAUCAGACGACUGGAGGAAGCUGAGAGAAACAUCCAGAUGGCGGAGGCCAAGAUCGCUGAGAGGGACCAGCGAAUCAUAGAAGUUGAGCGUCUUCUGGACUGUAUGGGAAAGGAAAAGGGUCAACUUCAAAAGAAGCUGCAGGAAUGUGAAGAGCGUCUCCGUCACAUGGAGCUGACAGACACAACGGAUGCAACUGUUGUCAAAAGGCCAUAUGUGGUUGUUUUUAGGUCUAAAGAGCUUCAGGGUGAAACCAACGAUCUCCGAGAGAGAAUCAAACACUUGAACGACAUGGUGUUCUGCCAGCAAAGGAAAGUCAAAGGAAUGAUUGAGGAGGUUCAAUCCCUCCGAGCUCAAGUGGCUCAGAAGGAUAUGUUCAUCUCAGAGCUCCUGGACAGGAUUGCAAUAGUGGAGUGUGAGAAUAAUGAAUUAGAAGACAAGCUGAAGUAUUUUAUGUCUACACAGAGUAGGCCACAAGAGGUUUUGGAGAGAAGAGAUAUAGGAGUAGGCUGUGAUCUGCCUCCCAGACGUGAAGCACAGAGGAAUGAUGUUGAACCUGUUCAGUGCGAACCUGCUCACCCUCAUUCCAUGCAACUGCCAUCACCAGUCACAGCUUCAUCACCCACUCAGCCUUCAUCACCCAUCAGACCUCCAUCACCCCCACAAAGGCCUUCCCCAGUACAACCCUCAUCCCCAACACAACCCUCAUCCCCAACACAACCCUCUUCUCCAUCCUUCCCUCUCCUACAUUCAUCACCCUACCUAACCCUGCACACCCAGCCAAGGACGUUCAAGGCUAAUAACCCUCCACCCAGCAGGUUGGACUCCAGUUUACUGAGAUACACUCCUUGUCAAUACAGCCGUUUCCUGCAGUCCAGCUCCUCUGCGCCGAGCGCUACGUCUUCCUGCAACCACCAGUCUGAGUCAGAAUCUGAUGUGAACACGGUCCAGGCUGGAAGAGACGAGGUCGACACAGAGACAGAAACUAGCACGCAAUCACGUAUAGCAGAGGCCGCCUCAUCCCCGCCCUCACCUCAGAAAGCAAGAGCAUCCCGGGUUUAUACACCAUUCAUGAAACUUAUGGAAAUCACAGCAAAGAUUAACAUUGAGUAAUCCUUAAUUUUCCCAUUUUGGGAAAUUCAAGAGUCAAUAUCUAAAUAUAGAGGUGAGAACUCAAACCUUUGAUGGCAACCAUGUUCACUGUGUUAAAAAAAACAAGAUAUAAAUAUAUAUAUGAUAUAGAUAUACAGUAUAUAGAUAUAUAAAUAAUACCAUGGCUGAAUUGACUCAUGUUUUCUAUUUUAGUUCAAUACAACGUAUUUCCUAGGUUGGUCAAUCAUAUUUUAACUUAAAAUGCCCAAUUUUUUUCUGAGGCCACUUUAGAAACCAUCAAUCCUCUAUAUUGGCAGCUGUAACUUUAAAUGGAUAUUAAAUUGAAUAAAUUGAAAGAUGAUCCAAUUAUGUUUUUAUAGAAAAAAAGGGAUUGGCAGGUAACUCUGUCAAACCUGAGCCCAGGUUGUUUCUAAGAAGAACACUCUUGAGUUAAAACAACCCCUAUUAGAUGAUAAAAACUGUAAACUUUUAUUAGGGACAAAAACAAAACAUUUUUGAGUGUCAGCCUAGGUCGACACGCUGUGCCACUGCGGCUCUGACUCCGGAGACCCGCCGCCAAUAACUUUUUACGGCGAACUGAUUCAAGUUAUAGGCCCUUCAUUUACCUAUCAAUUUCCCUACAGAAGUCCAAUUCUUGUGGAUCUUUCCUCUUCAACACCAACCAUGGCUCCAGAGUAAUGCAGCCCCGGUAAAGCUUGAGAGUGGGAUAAAUCAUCUUUUCUUCUGCUCAAAAAGAAAUAACUCCUACAAUAUAUAUUUGACCCUUCAAAGCUCAGUUGCCUUCAGUUUUUAUUUAAUUCCUAAUAAUGCUUUUAAAAAUCACCAGAGCAGUCGUAUCUGUUAGCAGGAUGUGAUUUCAGUAGUUUCUCUCUGGGGUGGAGACGACUGUUCAAGUCAAUGAUGUAAAAAUUCAGCUCAUGUUUGCACAUAUGGUAAUAAUGAAUUUCUCUCUGUGAAGGGUGUAAAGAAUGAUUUUAGAAUAAUUUCCUGAAGAAUUAUUGUUUUUUUUGUUCACAUUGAAUGUAGCUAUGUAACUUAGCAUUGAGUCAUAUGUGAAGGUUGGUUAUGUAUGUAUUUUCCUAUCAUUUUAUAUUUUCUCUGUGAACAUUAAAUAUUAUUUUGCUAAUGUCACAUUAUGUAAAUAAUAUUUAUUAACAUGCUUUGUGCCUUUGGAGAGAGCCUAGAAUCUGUAAAUUGUGAUGGGAAUCAAUCUCUGAAUUGGCAAUGGGAUAAAAGGAUAUUAUAAGCGUCCAUGUUUGUUAUAAACUUUUACGAUCACUAACAGGUAUUGUUGAAUAUAGGUUACUGCCAUUUCUGAGCCAUGGGCACUGGGAUUGUUUAUAUCUUGUAUACUGCUGUUUUAAACUUUGUUUAAAAGGGCUUUAUGAUGUGCCUUUUCUUACCAAUACAUAUCAAAUAAACUAAUGACGAAAGUUGAGAAUGUUUGGAUAAUAAAGACUAUGCAAGGGUUCUGCUUGUGUCAAGAAGUGAGUCACAGUCAUAAAACUGAUUUAUCCCUUGCCUGCUUAAAGAUUCAGUCGCUCACUUUUAAAUACACUUUAUACCUAAAUUAAACUCAAGACAGACUUGAACUAGAUUCAUACUGUA